CUAACUGGUUUUCUGUGAUAGAUUGGUAGAUUGUCCCUUUGCUAUUGGUAGCAAAGGGAUAAAUUUUAAUUAUUUUUAACAUAUUUAAUAUUUUAACUGUAUAAAACCCCCAGUUUCUCCUAUUAAUGGAUUCCCUUUAUGGAGGCCCGAUAAAUUUUAUUAUUUUUUAGGUAAGGAACUUUUGAUCAAUACAAGAGGCUAGGUGUGCAGCUGGCCAAAAUUCAAUCAUUCCCACUUUGAGCCGUACAGAGGACUAAAAAAUCAUCAAAAAUGGAAGUGAUCAAUAUAAUAUGUCCUGUGUGUACCCUAUAUUUAAGACCUGGUAUCACUUUGAAACAGCAUUUGACUAGCCAUCCUAAACAAAAAGUGAUUGAUGCAUUGGUUAAGCUAGCUGGAACUGAUGAACUACAAAAAUUGCCUAGUUCUUCUCGAGAAGGAGAAUCUUCUAACACUUUUCACCACAGCAGUGUUUCUUCAAAUCUAAACCAAUUGCCUGUGGGCCACUCAUCAAAUAUGAGUCCUUUUCCUGGAAAUCAUGUGUUUAUCUACCAACAGAGCAUGAGUACAACAUCGCCUCAUCAGUCAAACGUCCUCAACAUGAACCCAUUAAAUCAGCAGUACUUAGUACCAGCCCCUGCUUAUUUUAACUCCCAAAUGAUGCCUUAUGUUUAUCAGCAACAACAAGUUAUUAUGUCUAGCAACACUAUUCCAGCCAAUAUUAGGGCUUUGCCAUUCGAAUUGCCUGGUUCUUCACAAAUUAAUGAGGUUACUGAACAACACUGUCCACAAGAAACAUCAAAUGAUGGACAUGCUAAGUCACAAAUUGAAAAAGCAGCUGAUACAAUUGAUGCAGUGGAGGUGUCAAGUGAUGAUGAUUUAAUUCAAGAAAUGGAGCAUUCUAGUCAGGAGGACGGAAAUGAAAGCAUAAAAGAUGAUGAAGAAGUUCCGAAAAUUCAGAUAGAUGAGAAUGAUUAUGAAAAAAAAAGUAGUGACUUUGAAAGUAAAGAUCUUUCUUCUUUGAGCAGUGAUAGUUUAGCAAGCUUUAAUGAGUCUCACAGUGAGUAUGAACAUAAUCAAGAAAUUGACCAUGAAGAAUGUGUUGGCACCCCCUACUCUCAGCAUAAUUCUGACUGGAGUUUAAACCAAGAACUGGACAAAGCGUGCCAAACUCAAGCAGUAGUCAACUUAUCGCCAAAAUCAGUUCAUGGGCAGAACCAAGGGAAUGAUGCUGAGGUGCCUCAAGAUGGAACUGAAUUCAUUUAUUUUAAUCAACAAAAUGAUGUAUCUGUUUCCUUUACAUCAAUUGACUUAGGUUCUGGAAGCUAUGAGCAAGCAGAACCCAUCUAUACUUCAGUGAACAUAUUACAUGGUAAUGAUCCAGUAGAUUUUGUGACAAUGGAAGAUAUAGAUGGCAUGCAAGUAAUUAUUAAUGAUUUUAAUACAUCUCCUAUUGUUCCUCAAGCAGAUACUAUAGAACAUGAGCGUCCACGAAUUUUAAUGACUUUAGGAGAAAUGACCAGUAAUAAUUCAGAAGAAAAUUCAGUUCCAAAUGUUAACAUUGAGUCUGAUGAGAAAAUGCCACCACGGGGUGAGCUCUCUGGGCAAGAAAGCAUGGGUAGUGCUAGUGACAUAGUUUGGAAUACUACGUACCAAAGCCAGGUGACUAAUAACGAGUACAAUAAUUUGUGGGAGGAUAGCUAUAGUUUACAUGCUGGACCUCUAAGGGAGAACCGGCCCGAGGACAUUGACAAAAAGACUACAGUUGUAGUAGAGGAUAGAAGUGUACCUCAGGAUGAACAACAGUGUGACGAUCGUAAGGCAAACAUAAUAGGGCUUGAUGUGGGAAGAAAUAGAGUUAAAAAGCUUGUGAUUAGGCCAAAAAAACCAAAUACUUUUAAUAAUGUAUUUACAAACAGGCUAAAAGUUGAACAAUUAGAAAGGAAUGAUGAAAAUGCAGAGUGCAAUAUUAUUGGACAAGGAGCUAAACAUUCUCUUGAAGAUAUCAAAAUUGAUGAAACUUUACCCGCCGUCAGCAUUGUAUGUCAACUUUGUACUAUCACAUUCAGCGAUAGGAAGAUGUUGAAACUACACGCCAUACAAGCCCAUAAUAUACUGAAAUCCAAAAAAGAAAAAUACUUAUGUGCAAUAUGUAAUGAGCAAUUCGCCAACGAGUAUGAGUUUACCGUGCAUCUGAAGGUCCAUCCUCUUGAGUGCCGAAUGUGUGGGAAAUUAUUCUACCGGCGUCAGAAUUUGAAACUGCACAUGAAGCGUCAUCUAGGCCUCAAGCCCUUCCAGUGCGACAUGUGCGACAAAUCCUUCGUAACGAAACAGAAGGUGGAAGAGCACCGCAACACCCAUACAGGCAAUUGUCCCUAUAAGUGUCACAUGUGCGACGACACCUUCAAAAGGCACUCGAACCUGAUCCAGCACCGGAACAGGCACCAUUUGCAGAUCAAAAAGAAACUUAAAGAUUACAUCUGUUCCUGCGGCGAAAUCUUCCAUUCCAAGAAGAAACUGGCAUGGCAUCAAGAGACACAUGACCAAAAACCUAAAGCCUGCACGCACUGUAGUGAAAAAUUCAUACAUACGGCCAGUUUAAAUAGGCACAUGAAACGGGCUCAUAAUGUGGAUUGUUCAAAGGAUCAGAUGACAGCCAUUUGUCCGAUCUGCAAAGGCUCGUUCCUAAAAUCUUCGCUGGACGCUCACAUACGAAAUCAUAGCGGGCAACGGCCCUUUACAUGCCUCAUAUGUAACAAGGACUUCACGACAAAAUGGAACCUCAAACUGCACAAGUGGACUCAUGCCUCCCGUACUCAAAAGCCCUUCAAGUGUAACUUGUGCAAGGCCGCUUUCAUAAGGAAUACAGAUUAUGUCGCCCACAUGAACUCGCACAAGAACGUGCGACCCUAUACGUGCAAUUACUGCGGAGCGCAGUUUAUAAGGAAAUACAAUUGUCUUAGACACGUGAAAGAGCACGAAAACGAUAAGACUUACAAUUGUUCCGUGUGCGGCAAGUCGUUCCACCGGUCUUACUAUUUGAAAGACCAUAUGCGGGUCCAUAGCGGGGUGAGACCGUUCGCGUGUCAUAUAUGCGGUAAAACGUCAACCACCAAAUCAAACCACAACAAACAUGUCCAGAUCCAUCAUGCGAGGGAACCCGUUAGUACAGAGAAUUAAAUUUUUG